CCAGCAUAGUAUUUCAUUGAUGGAUUACGAAUCUGCUCCUCUCAAACCUUAUCUUCAUCGUCUUCCUCCUCAUGUAAUCAUUUUCCCUUUUCCAGUUCCAAGUCACAUCCACCCCAUGCUCAACUUUGCCCAACUCCUUUGUCAAUCCCAUCUCAGUGUCACUUUUGUCAUGACAGUCCACGCUCGGAAUGCCUUCUCAGGCUUCUCUGAUCUCAAAUCCCACUUCGCCGGCGGCAGCAUUCGCUUCGAGUAUAUUCCCGACGGGCUCCCCGACGACCACCCGCGCGGCGUGCCUGAGGUGUUCGGUUCUUUAGCGGCCACGGCGACGCCACUAGUGAAAGAGAUGGUCGUCAACCUGCAGAAGGAGGAGGAGGCUGCGCCGCCGAGGUGCGUCGUUGCCGACGGGCUAUUGACUUUCGCGGUUGGAAUGGCGGAGGAAGUUGGGCUUCCCAUUUUUCAGUUUCAUUGCGUAAGCGCUUCCGCCAACUGGACGUGCUUAUCUCUCCCUCAACUCAUUCCGGCCGGCGAGCUUCCCCUAAAAGGAAGGGACAUGGAUAUGCUAAUCACCAGCGUUAAGGGCAUGGAAGGUUUCCUUAGAUUCCGUGAUCUCCCUGCACAUUUACGACUUAUUAAUGAUAUUGACAAUGAUCCCAUUAUGCAAAACUUCCAUCAACUCGCCCAGAAUUACACCCAAGCCAAACAUCACAUUAUCAACACCUUCCAUGAGCUGGAGGGGCCGAUACUCGACCAAAUGCCGACCAUUAUGUCCAACGUUUACGCCGUCGGACCACUCCAUGAAUUCCUUGCUGCCAGUGGUGGUAGUAUUCACGCUACAAUGUCCGACGAUGAUGAUAACAGUAAAAGGUGUUUGGAUUGGCUCGAGAAUCAGCCCCCGAAGUCGGUGUUGUACGUAAGCUUUGGUAACCUAACAAUGGUGAGCAGAGAAACCCUGGUGGAGUUUUGGCAUGGGUUGGUGAACAGUGGGCAGCGCUUCUUGUGGUCUUUGAACUCGCUGUUAGUGACCGAUGGGGAGAUUCCGGCAGAAAUCUUGACCGGUUCUCGAGAAAAGACUUGCGUUGUGGAGUAGGCUCCGCAACGUGCAGUGCUAGGCCACGUUGCUGUUGCUGGAUUUUUAACUCAUUGUGGGUGGAAUUCAAUUCUGGAGAGCAUAGUUGCUGGAGUGCCGAUGAUAGGUUGGCCAGUCCACGGGGACCAGCAAGUGAAUAGUAGGUAUGUUGCGGAGGUAUGGAAGGUUGGCCUAGACAUGAAGGACACUUGCGACCGAGUCAUAAUUGAGAAGAUGGUGAGGGAGCUUAUGGAAGAGCAAAAAGAUGAAUUCCUUGAAAGGGCUCAACACUAUUCGAAGUUGGCUAAACAAAGUGUGAGACAAGGUGGUUCAUCCUACUCUAACUUGGAAUAUCUACUUGAAGAUAUAAGAAGAAUAUAAAUUUGUGCAUGUUAACUUGGUUGAGCAUUGGAGGGGAAUAUCAAGAUUGAGUUAAAGAUUGAAUGAUCUGAUCUUUGGUGUCUAUUUUA